CUCUGACACAGCUGUUAUAGACAUGUGUUUCACCGGCGAGCGAUGUGGAGCUAUUAAAACAGCAGAAAUGAUGAACUGAAAAAAAUAAAUAGUUGAUUGUUACGUAGAAACGUUGUAGUACUUCUUUUUGAACUACAUAACUCAGUUUGUAACUACUCGUUAGAUUUGGUGCUUGCAAUGGUAGCUGAACCGGAAGUUUCGCUGCCUUUCGGGCCACCUCCGGUGCUUCCAGAUGUCACCAAGCAGCUGCAGGAGUAUCUGUUGUGCCCUGACAGAUUACCCAUACAUGACUACCGCAAUGCUCAAGAUUUUUGGCCAAGAGUUUCGAAUCCACGUUCGUUGUACCAUUACGACUUGUCCCCCAUCGGUACCACUCUCAAGGUGGAGAGAGAUCCAACCACUGGACGUCUUCUUCAAUUUAGGGAAGUCUCUGUUGAAGACACGGGGUCAAGUGCAAGGAAUUCCCUGUCUUUCCGACGUGCUCCAGCACCAACUGAAUCGGUGAAGGGUGAUUCAAGUAACUUCCCUUUCAUGCCAGGAGGAUUCCCAGAUCUCUCAACUGUUUCAGAACAUGACAAUGGAACACAGGAAGAAAUUAAUUUUGAGGAUGAUUUGUUGACAGUGGCUCCAGGCUUGGACUAUGGAAUAGAUUUCAUGCCAGAUGGUUUUACUCCAAGAACUGGAAAAGAAGAUUUUCCUGCAUUGCCAAAAGUGGAGGAAACUAAACCCAUUGCGGAAGUUGAGACAGAAGAAUCAGAAGUCAAUCUCAUGAAUAUAUUGCAACAGGAGGAGCACCUUGUAGAUCUGUGGAAGGAGGCAGAAUCUGAAACAAAAGUUGAGAAAGAUGACAAAAAUGUUGUUAUUCGAAGUUUGAAAAUAGAAGCAGAGGAUCUGAAAGUUAUUCCUGAGAAGGAUAACAUCCCAGUACUGAAAAUUACAGAAACAGCACCUAUUAAACAGCCAACAAAAACAAAGUGGGCUGAAGCUGUGGACGUCACGGUGCCUGUUUCAGAUUUCCACCAGAAAAUUCCAGAUAUGGCACAUAAAUUCCCCUUUGAGCUUGACAACUUCCAAAAGCAGGCCAUUCUCCGAGUUGAGAGACAUGAAAAUGUUUUCGUUGCUGCCCACACAUCAGCAGGAAAAACUGUUGUUGCUGAGUAUGCUAUAGCAUUAUCACGCCGGCAUAUGACACGAACAGUUUAUACAUCACCCAUUAAAGCUUUAUCAAAUCAAAAGUACCGUGAUUUCAAAGAAACCUUCCAGGAUGUUGGUCUUAUCACUGGUGACUUUCAGAUCAACCAGAAAGCUAACUGUUUAAUUAUGACAACAGAAAUUCUGCGUUCAAUGCUUUACCAUGGAAGUGAGGCUAUUAGAGACCUUGAGUUUGUUAUUUUUGAUGAAGUCCACUAUAUAAACGAUGCAGAGCGUGGUUAUGUGUGGGAGGAGGUUUUGAUAUUACUACCACAGCAUGUUACAGUUGUCAUGCUGAGUGCAACAGUUCCUAAUACCCUUCAGUUUGCUGACUGGGUUGGAAAUAUUAAGCAGAAGAAGAUCUAUGUAAUCUCCACUCUUAAAAGACCAGUACCCUUAACACAUUACUUGCACAUACCUUUCACUAAAUUGAAAACUCCAUGGUUCUUAAUUCUGGAUGCAGAUCGUAAAUUUAAUGAAGGAGGGUAUUAUCAUGCAGUGGAAGCAAUGAAGCCCCCCGCACAACCAGCAGCAAAGGGCCGUGGUGGCAAGCAACAGAAUGCCCCACCUCCCCGUGGGCAACUUCGAUACCGACUUACAUUCAACCAAGAAACUACGUUAUGGGUGAACUUACUACAGAACCUUGAGAAAGAGAAGAAAUUACCUGUUAUUGCAUUUACUUUGUCUCGAAAGCGAUGUGAUACCAAUGCUGAGAACCUUAAAGGCAUAGAUUUCACAACUGAGAAAGAAAAGUGGAAAAUAUCACAGUUCUUCCAGAAAUGUUUGCAGAAACUGAAGGAACCAGACCGGAUUUUGCCACAGGUUGUGAAAAUGCAAGAAUUACUGCAAAGAGGCAUAGGUAUUCACCACAGUGGAAUUUUGCCCAUCCUGAAGGAAAUUGUGGAAAUGUUGUUUCAAAAGGAGUUAGUGAAGUUACUAUUUGCUACUGAAACAUUUGCAAUGGGUGUGAAUAUGCCUGCACGUACUGUGGUAUUUGAUGCCAUUCGCAAAUUUGAUGGUAAAGAGUCAAGGGAUCUCCAACCAGCUGAAUAUAUUCAGAUGGCAGGAAGGGCCGGCCGAAGAGGUCUUGAUGCUACAGGAACUGUGAUCAUAAUUUGCAAAACUGAUGUUCCUACAGAAAUGAAUCUUAAGAAUAUGAUGUUGGGCAGUCCAAAGGAAUUGGUGUCCAAAUUUCGACUGACUUAUUCAAUGAUACUGAGACUCUUACGUGUAGAGAAGAUUUCUGUGGAAGACAUGAUGUCCCGAUCAUUCAUGGAAUCUGGGAAAAAGCAAAAAGAGGAGAAGAUAAAGAAAGAUUUGCAGGAAGUGGAAAGUAAAUUGGCUGAGCAACCUUCACAGUCAUAUCUUGGCUCCCUCUUCUCAGAAAUGGCAGCAUUUUAUGAUGUAGCUACAGAAUAUAUUGAACUGUUGAACACAUUGAGGGUGAAAACAAUGACAAGGCCAAAAGUAGUUCGUGAAAUGGUGCCUGGACGAGUGUUACUGAUUUCUCACAAAGAACACGUCAAUAAGUUAGCACUUCUGCUAUCUUUCUCAUCAGACUACAGACGCUCUUUAUAUAAAGUACUUGUACUCUGUGAUUCCAUAUCACAAAACAGUUCAGGAGAGAUACGAUUGGAGGUGAGGAAUGAAGAUAAAAGUCGGAAGGAACCUCCAGAAAAACCUGAAAUUUGGUAUCGUAUGAUGGGCUUGAUUGGAGGGGGUACAAGUGUUUUUGUACCUGAUGGAGUUGGUGGUCAUGCAGUACUUGCAAUUGGACCAGCUGACAUUCUCGAAAUUUCUGAUAAAACUGUCAGGAUUAGUGUUGAACGUGUAAUUCAGGAUUGGGAUAAACGGCAACUACCAAGAUUUAGGGAUGCACCUGUUGGAGAAUCAUGCAACUAUGCUCUUCAAGAACUUCUGAGAAUAACCCACUCUCAUAUUGCAGAAAAAACUUUGUUCUUUUUUGACACAUUCAGAGAAAUCGCUGCAACAAAUAUGGAUGACUUCCAGAGAUUACAUAGGUUAAAAGAAGAAAUCAAAACUUUUGAUUUCUCAAGGGUUCCACAUUUUGAAAAACAGUUUGAAAAUGUAUUUGCAAGAAAGGAACUGGAAAGGAAACGUGAACAUUUGAAGUUUAGUCAGUCACAUAGGAGCAUGACCUUAUUUCCUGAAUAUGAGAAAAAAGUGAAGUUACUGCAAAAAUUAAAAUAUAUAGAUGCCAACAAGUGUGUGGAAUUGAAAGGUCGUGUUGCUAUCAAAAUGCGCAAUCAUGAACUGAUGAUCACAGAGUUAGUGUUACGUAACAUACUAACAAACCUUCGACCUGCAGAGAUUGCAGCAGUGCUGUCUAGCCUGGUCUUUGAAGGAAAGACUGAUACUGAACCGAAGGAAGUAGCUGCCGUUGCCCUAGCAGUGGCCAAACAGAAAGUUAUGGAAACUGAGAAAGAAUUAAGGGAUGCCGAAAUCAGCCUUAAUAUUGGAAACCAGGAUGACGAGUCCAGUGUUGAAGAACUUAAUUUUGGACUAAUGGAAGUUGUUUAUGAAUGGGCAAUGGGAAAGCCUUUCGCAGAAAUCAUGGAGAUGACAGAUGUUCAGGAGGGAAUAAUUGUUCGAUGCAUUCAGCGAUUGAAUGAUACAUUGCGUGAUGUCAAAGAUGCAGCAACAAUGAUUGGAGACACAGUUUUAUGUCAGAAAAUGGAAGAAGCAGCAAAUGCUAUAAAGCGUGAUAUAGUGUUCGCUGCGAGCUUGUACACUAGUGGAAUGUCAGUGUUCUAAAGACUGUAAAUUUUGUACACUAUUUAUUUUAUUGUUAAUUAUAUUAACAAAACAAAGAAAUAAAUUUAUUCAAUGUUUUGA